AUGCCAGAAUCUCGGAUCAACACCCACCGCUGGUGGCGGUACCGAAACCUUCGGGCCCUCAACCUCUGGAUGUUGAUUCCGCUUCUUUCCAUCUUCUCGCAGGGCUUCGACGGCUCGAUGAUGAACGGUCUCCAGUCCGUCUCGCAUUGGCAGUCGUAUUUCGGAACACCCAAGGGCGCGACUCUUGGCAUCUUCAAUGCCGCAUAUCCUCUCGGUGGUAUUGUUGGUGUCUUCUUGAUUACCCCAGUGGCCGAUGGCUAUGGCCGACGUGCCGGCAUCGCCGUUGGUGCUGCGCUUGCCUGUCUCGGGGCUGCUCUGCAAGGAGGUUCCAUCAACAUCGCCAUGUUCGUCAUCUCACGACUCUUUAUUGGCAUCGGAAGUGUUCUUGUGGCCGGUGCCGGUGCUCCAUUCAUUACCGAAAUCGCCCAUCCUGCCCAUAGAAGCACGGCUACGGCUCUCUUCCUUACCUUUUACUCUCUCGGCUCCGUCACUGCCGGAUGGUGCACAUUCGGGACAUUCCGCAUCGACGGCACGGCGUCUUGGCGUAUCCCUUCUGCUCUGCAAGGCCUUCCAUCCGUCAUUCAGCUGAUCUUCAUUUGGUUUGUCCCCGAGUCUCCGAGAUGGCUCGUUAGCAAGGGCCGCAAGGAAGAGGCGCUCGCGAUGCUUGUCAAGUAUCACGGCGAGGGAGAUGCCACCGACCCGGUUGUUCUGUUUGAGUACCAGGAAAUCACCACCACAAUCGAGACUGAGAAGGAAACAAGUGAGACCUCAAUGGUAGGUACUGCGCGAGAGUUGCUGUCCCGCCCAGGAAACAGGAAGCGACUCUUUAUUCUUAUCUGGGCUGCCAUCUGCUCACAAAUGUCCGGCAACGCCUUUGUGUCCUACUAUCUGUCGCCUAUCCUCACGUCGGUCGGUCUCAAAUCAGACCUUCAGCAGACCCUCAUCAACGCUACCUCGCAAAUGUUCUCAUGGGUCAUGGCUACUUACUUCGCCACCCUCCCCGAGAAGCUGGGUCGGCGCACGAUGUUCCUCUGGUCCCUUGUUGCCAUGUGGGCCGUUGUCAUCUCCAUCACUGCAGGGAGUGCAGUAUUUGCCAAGGACAAUACCAACAAGGCCGCCGGAUAUGCUGUUGUUGCACUUCUAUAUCUCUUCUCCCCCGCUUAUAACUUUGGAUUCAACGGAAACUUGGGUCUUUACGUCCCGGAGAUUCUUCCUUAUCACCUGCGAACUCGAGGAAUGGCCUUUUUCUAUUUCGUCCAAUAUUGCUUUAUGAUUCUCUCCAAUUUCGCGAUCCCAGUUGGACUCGAGAACAUUCAAUGGCGCUUGUACAUAAUUUUUGUUGUCUGGAUCAUGGUUGAGUUCUUGGGGGUUUAUCUGAUAUUCCCAGAGACCAAGGGUCCAUCGCUCGAGGAUAUCGCCAUCAUUUUCGAUGGUCCACAGAUGAAGGACUUGGAGGAGGAGAUUGACCAUGUGCAGAAGCCUACCGCGGAGCAGAAGUAAUUUAUGCUAGUACCGAGCUUGAAUCACAAGACGACUUAAUAGGCUUUACUACUGAGUGAGGGAGUGAGCAGAGGACACUAAGAACACACAACCCACCCAGAGGCAGAGCUGUGAUGACCGCGAUAGUGUUGUGUCGGAAAGGUCGGAUAGGGUCAAGUUUGGGGUCCGGAUAAAUCGGACAGCCGGGCAAAGUAGAUAGCUUUUUCCAGCUGAUAACGUUUGAUCAAAUGGACCUUCAACAGGUCCCCAAAGGAUAGGUCAAAA